AUGACUGUUUCCCUCAUUGAUUUCAAAAGGUGUAAAGGAUUAGCUGAAUAAUCGAUCUUUUUAAUAGCGACUAACAAUAUUUCAAUGAAUUCAAAUACACUAUUAGUUUUCCUAUCUAUCGCCUUCCAAAUGACUCCUCCUGAAACCUUCCUAAUUUUUUGA